AUGACGACUGAGAAUAAGAACACCACCAACGACGACGGAGAGAAGAAGGACGCAGGUGCUGGUCCCGAGCAGUGGUCGAUCGGCGAAAAAAACACGCCGUACGAAUUAAACGAAGACAACACGGCGAAAGAUCCGUUGGCGUUUCGAGACGCGUUAAUGCGAGACGAUGAGAAACGCCCGGAGAUUGAAAAGGAUAAAGACUUGGCCGUGCAUUUGCUCGGCGAAGACGUCGGGAAGUUUCAGGAGUGCUUGAAAGAUAUCGUCGGGAAGAUCAAACGUCAACAAGAAAACGACGAGUCUUUCGACAUGCAAUCCUCGGAUUUAAUGCGCGCUCGGUGCACCGUCCCGCGAGAUCCCACCGUCCUUUACGAAGGCAUGCGAAAAGCCGGGUUACAAUACGGGCCGUCUUUCCGUUUACUCUCGCAAGUCUGGAUUCCCGAGAAAACGCACUUGGAACAGUGUCGCGCGGUGGACGAGGAAAACGCCGAUCCGGUCAGAGUCGCUGGGAAUAUCGAGAUCGCCGAGCCCGGACAUUAA